AUGGCUGAUUCGACUCAAGUCCCUGCAGAUGGCACAGGCGUGCUCAAGCUCGAUCCGUACCUGGAGCCCCAUACCGAUGCCCUGAAACACAGGUACGCUCUGGUGGAAACAUGGGCCAAAACCAUCAAUGAAUCCGAGGGAGGACUGGAGAAGUUCAGCAGGGGCUACGAAACCUUCGGUCUCCAUGCGCGCCCCAACGGCGAGAUCGUGUACAGAGAAUGGGCACCCAAUGCGGUUGAGGCGUCACUGGUUGGCGAUUUCAACAACUGGGAUGCCGCUGCCAACCCCAUGACCAAAUCCGGCUUUGGCGUCUGGGACGUUACGGUACCCCCGAAAGAUGGCGGGCCCGCGAUUCCCCACGAGAGCAAAAUCAAGAUCACAAUGGUUCUCCCCAGCGGAGAGCGCAUCUACCGGAUUCCCGCCUGGAUCAAACGGGUCGUCCAGGACCUGAACGUCUCGCCCGCCUACGAUGCGGUGUUCUGGAACCCACCAGCAAACGAAGUGUAUCAGUUCAAGCACGCGCGGCCCAAGAAGCCCGCGAGCUUGCGCAUCUACGAGGCUCACGUUGGCAUCUCGUCGCCGGAGUCCAAAGUCGCCACAUACAAGGAAUUCACGCAGAACAUGCUGCCUCGCAUCAAGUACUUGGGGUACAACGCAAUCCAGCUCAUGGCUAUCAUGGAGCAUGCCUACUACGCCAGCUUCGGCUACCAAAUUAACAACUUCUUUGCGGCGAGCAGUCGGUACGGCUCGCCGGAAGACUUGAAGGAGUUGAUCGACACAGCGCACGGUAUGGGCCUGGUGGUUCUCCUGGAUGUGGUCCACAGCCACGCCUCGAAGAAUGUGCUGGAUGGACUGAACGAGUUCGAUGGAACGGACCAUCUCUAUUUCCACGCGGGCGGAAAGGGUCGUCAUGAUCAGUGGGACAGCCGGCUGUUCAACUAUGGGAGCCAUGAAGUGCUGCGGUUCCUUCUGAGUAACCUGCGUUUCUGGAUGGAGGAAUACCAGUUUGAUGGAUUCCGUUUUGACGGCGUCACCAGCAUGCUCUACCUGCAUCAUGGCAUCGGAACGUACGUACAAAUCUCCCGUGAAAUGUCUCAAUCCACUAAUUUCUGCAGGGGCUUUUCCGGCGGAUACCACGAGUAUUUUGGCCCAGGAGUCGACGAGGAGGGCGUCACGUACCUCACUCUGGCCAACGAAAUGCUCCACACGCUCUACCCAGAGUGCAUCACCGUGGCCGAGGACGUCUCCGGCAUGCCGGCACUGUGUCUCCCGCACUCCUUGGGGGGUGUCGGAUUCGACUACCGUCUCGCCAUGGCUGUACCAGACAUGUACAUCAAGCUCCUGAAAGAGAAGUCCGACAAUGAGUGGGACAUCGGCAAUCUCUCAUUCACGCUCACCAACCGCCGCCACGGCGAGAAGACGAUCGCCUACGCCGAAAGCCAUGACCAGGCUCUAGUCGGCGACAAGUCGCUGAUGAUGUGGCUCUGCGACAAAGAGAUGUACACACACAUGUCCGUACUGACGGAAUUCACCCCGGUCAUCGAACGCGGCAUGGCCCUCCACAAAAUGAUCCGGCUAGUCACCCACAGCCUCGGCGGCGAGGGCUACCUCAAUUUCGAAGGCAACGAAUUCGGACACCCGGAAUGGCUCGACUUCCCGCGCGCCGGCAACCAAAACUCCUUCUGGUACGCGCGGCGCCAGCUGAAUCUCACCGAGGACAAGCUGCUGCGAUACCAUUUCCUGAACGACUUUGACCGCGCCAUGCAGUUGACCGAAGAGAAGUACGGCUGGCUGCACGCGCCGCAGGCGUAUAUCAGUCUCAAGCACGAGGGCGAUAAGGUGCUUGCCUUUGAGCGCGCUGGCCUGCUUUGGAUCUUCAAUUUCCAUCCCCAGGAGAGCUUCACGGAUUACCGGGUUGGUGUUGAUGUCCCUGGCACGUACCGCAUUGUGCUUGAUACGGAUGAUCAGGCGUUCGGGGGCCUGGGUCGUAAUCUGAAGGAGACGCGCUUCUUCACGACCGAUAUGCCGUGGAAUGGGCGCAACAAUUUUGUGCAAGUUUACCUUCCUACUCGUACGGCUCUGGUCCUCGCACUGGAAGACACCCUGUGA